CCAUCCGCCACGCGCACAGCGACGAAAUAUUGGUCAGAUCCACCGCUUGUUCUUCAGAUUCCCACCCUCGCCCACGCUUCUUAUUGCUGCCAUCAUGGACAACGAGGAUCUUAUCGACUACGAGGAGGAGGUUCCUCAAGUCGCCGACGCUACCACCACCAAUGGAGCCAGUGCCACCGACGGCGCAGCUAACGGCGCAGAGGGAGCCACAGACACCAAAAAGAACUCCUAUGCUGGUGUUCACUCCACAGGUUUCCGAGACUUCCUCUUGAAGCCAGAACUUCUGCGCGCCAUUGCCGAUCUCGGAUUUGAGCAUCCCUCCGAAGUGCAACAGGAGUGCAUUCCUCAGUCUAUCCUCGGUAUGGACCUCGUCUGCCAGGCCAAGUCGGGUAUGGGAAAGACUGCCGUCUUCGUCCUGGCCACUCUUCAGCAGAUUGAGCCCGUCGAUGGGGAGGUGUCCGUCAUCGUCUUGUGCCACACCAGAGAGCUGGCGUUCCAAAUUCGCAACGAGUACGCCCGCUUUUCUAAGUACAUGUCGGACGUCAGGACCUCGGUGUUCUACGGCGGCACACCCGUUGCUACUGAUCAGGCAACGCUCAAGGACAAGACGAAGUGCCCUCACAUUGUUGUUGGUACGCCGGGCCGUAUGAACGCGCUUGUCAGAGACAAGAGCUUGAAAGCUAGCGGCGUUAAGCACUUCAUCCUCGAUGAAUGCGACAAGAUGCUCGAAGAGAUCGGCAUGCGUCGAGAUGUGCAGGACAUCUUCCGGGCCACCCCACACCACAAGCAGGUGAUGAUGUUCAGUGCUACACUUUCUGAGGCAGUCCGACCGACUUGCAAGAAGUUCAUGCAGAAUCCUCUAGAGAUCUACGUCGACGACGGCGCUAAGCUCACCUUGCACGGCCUGCAACAAUACUAUGUGCAAAUUGAGGAGAACGCGAAGAACCGCAAGCUCAAUGACUUGCUCGACUCUUUGGAGUUCAAUCAGGUCAUCAUCUUUGUUCGCAGCACAGCGAGAGCGAAUCAGCUCAACCAGCUCUUGAUCGAGUGCAACUUCCCUUCGAUCUGCGUGCACGGCGGUAUGAGACAGGACGAACGUAUCGAGAGAUACCAGCAGUUCAAGAAAUUUGAGAAGCGUAUCCUCGUAGCCACCGACGUGUUUGGGCGAGGUAUCGAUGUCGAACGUGUAAACCUGUCAAUCUCGUACGAUGCUCCCACGUCUGCCGAUGAAUGGCUGCACCGUGCUGGACGUGCUGGUCGUUUCGGCACGAAAGGUCUCGCUAUCUUGUUCAGUUCUUCGGAGGACGACAAGAAGGUCCUCGAGGACAUUCAAAGUCGCUUCUCUGUCAAGAUCCCCGAGAUGCCCGACACCAUCGAGGCCUCGACGUAUAUGAACUAGGCCAAGGCGUCUUUGGCGUUGAAUCGUCCCGAAACUGUAGCUUGAGCUGAAAUGCUAUGCACCUUGAUCCUCAGUAGCGAGGUGUUAGCACUCGCCG